GGGAGGGGUGAACUUCCGGCGCGAGGAAGGACCCGUUGCUGGCCCCAGGGGAUCGUCGGGCGUCUUGUCCCUCCUUUUCGUGGUCAUGAGGCUUUUGCUGCUGCCGCUGCUGCUGCUGCUGCUCUGAGCCAUGGGCACCAGCGGCUCCAAGUCCCGAGGCCUCUGGCUCUUUGGCUCGGGUGGGCCAGGCGGCUCCGAGAGGUCAACCGGCGAUCAGACGCUGGCUCGAGCUCGGGGGCUCUGCUCGGCUACCCCCUUCGUCUUCACCCGCCGCGGCUCUAUGUAUUACGAUGAAGAUGGUGACCUGGCACAUGAGUUUUAUGAGGAGACAAUAAUCACCAAGAAUGGGAGGAAGCGUGCCAAGCUCAAAAGAAUUCACAAGAACCUGAUACCUCAGGGCGUGGUGAAACUGGAGCACCCUCGGAUUCAUGUGGACUUCCCUGUUAUCAUCUGUGAGGUCUGAGCCAAGAGAAAGUUACUGUGUGCUGUCAGUACAUCUUAUUUGCCCAGUUUUACUGCACCUCAUGUAAACCAUGCUAGGCAGCCACAUGUCCCUGCAGAGGAUGAAUUGGGGGAACGAACAGACAGCAGGCUUUGGCGCUUCUCUGCUUGGAGGCAGUGACAGCAACUGUGACACUGGGCACACUUCUGACUAUCGGGCAUAAUAUUAUCUAAGGAUGUAUAUUAGUGGGACCUGUGUCAGAUGAGAAGUCAGGCCUUGAUUAGGAGCCUACUCAAAAUUUCCUUCACUGAGUCACCUAGAACCUUUUCAACAGCUGCUAAUUGAUGCUUAGGUGGCAGCAGAUGUCAAAUGUCUUGACACUAGAGAGCCAACUUGCACUUUUUGGGGAACAGAUAUUCCGCGUGAUUACCCCAGUCAGCUUUUACAAAAGUUGAUACUGACAUUUCAGCUCAAGAUGAGUAAAGGUGAGCAGAAAACCUCUUAUGCUUCUUUGUCCACUCACCCACUUAACUUAUAAGCAUAGGCCGAAAGACUUAAUACUCUACUAUACCUUUGUGGAGGCAGGGAGAACAAAGUUGCACUUAAUAAACUGUUCAAAACAGAAUCAUUUUUGAAGCGGUCAUAGGAAAGAGACCAACAAGUAGUUUUUCCUCUCUUUGUUACAUUUCCCUUGGGAGUUGCACUGUUUUCUUUGCAGGUUUCAUCUUUCUGAACUUUGCAAGAUUGAAGGUAUGAAGUAGCAUCUGGAUAUGAAGCUUUUCUGUUAAAGCGCACCGAAUAGAGUACAUCUUAGGAAGCAAUUGUCUUUCAAGAGGGCACCCUUCCCUUACCUAGAGCCUUCCAAUAAAUGCUAAAGCACAGUGACUGUAGGGCCAGUGAUUUUGCUAACUGGAGCUGAAUGAGAUUCAUAGUCCAGGACCACCUCUCGAAAGCCCCGUGUCAGAAGAACAGAUUUUACUCUUCCUUCUUGUGGUAGAAUAACUUGUUCCCAUAUUGGUUUCCCAUUUGUACAUGGAGGGACUCCACAUAUGGUCCUCCCCAUGUUGUUGAACUGCAGAUUCAGGCAUCCUCCACCAUCAGUCAUGUUCUCUGGGAUUGCUGGAGAGCCAAAGGUUUCCAUCUCUUUCUUAGGUUAUACUGUCUCUCCUAAGAUAACUGUACUUUGGUCAAGAUGUUUUGCCAUCUAAUUUGGCUGUGCAUUUUCCCCUUCAUCUCCCUCUGCCGGCAAAUAAUAACAAAAUCCUGUGAUCUUCCUUUGGCAGACUCCUUGGAUUGGACCAAGUAAUGUCUGAUAAGUGGAGAAUGCAGCACACUUCAAAUGAGAGUGACAUCUUUUCUGUUUCGAAGGGCAUUACCCUUCUCCCUGAUGUAUGAAUGUGGAAUGUUUUGCUAUGGUACUGAUAGCUGAGCAAGUACUGAAGCAGUAUGCCUACCUCUUCAUCCCAGGCUUCUUGCUUUCACGAUGUAGAGCUAACCUGCUGCUGAGAGGGGAUCAGGCAAUCCCUAUUAAAAGCACUCUUACGAAGAGGCUUUCAUAUGCAAUGUACAGCCGAACAAUCCUUGCCUGCCUGCCUGCCUGCCUUUUUACCCACCCAUCAGACUUGGUAUUAAGCUUUAAAACUGGAGUGUGGGUGGGUUCAUUGCACAUCAUAUUUCUUUCCCAGAGUGUGUCAUUGCCUUUCUGAGCACUUCAGGCAUUGCUACCUCAAUGUUCAGUAUAAUUAGCUUGUACACAGUUGCAUCACAAUAUUAAUAAGUUAAUGUGCAUCCUUUCAUCUCCGCCCAUGCAAAGAAGUCCUUUUUAAGCAUUCAAAGCCUAAGUAGAAGGGCCAUGGACUGCAUACAUAAUGCUGACAGAGGCCUACCUAUUCACUCUCUCAUCUUCCUUCCCCUCCUUAGUUACACAUCUGCGUUACAUAUUAGGAUUGAUACUUGGAGCAUAGUUCCCAUUGGUUUCCUCAGUUGCCACUGCUUUGCCAUUCAGAAAUCAGGUUAUGAGUUUACCAGUUGUGGGAUUACCUGGGGAUAGAAAGUGUACAAACAGCCAACAUCCCCUUUAUGUAGUGAAAUCUGAAUUUUGAUUCACUUUUAAAGUGAAGAAUAUGAUAAUCGGACAUCUCUGAUCUUUAUUAAGGGAAGGAAAUUUCAUUGCAGUGAAACAAGAGCAUCCUGCAGAUCGAGAUGAGUUUGCAAACUUGCUGGGCCAACGAAUACUCUCCAUUUCAGCACGAUGGUCCAUAAUGAAUCUUAGGUUGUCAUCAGGGAGCUGAACGAUGCUACUUCUUGAGUAAUUGAGGGGAAGGGUAAUUGUUUAUUAAGAAGCUUACCUCAAAAGUAGGUCAGAAGAAGCAGUUUGCUCAGUGUUGGGUUACAUUUGAUCCUCAAACUGGAAUAUUCGACUCCCCAAUCUAGAGAUUUUAUUCAUGGGAGACAGAAGGGUUGUUGGUAACAAGUCUUUCUCAUACCUACAUUUCUAAAAUACUUGGUUUAUGUUCUUCCAUUGGUUAUUUUUGGAGCAAGCAAAUGCCCUGUGAUCAGAAAAGUAGUGUGCUAUGUUGGCUUUCAUUUUCCUUGUGACUUGCACAGCAAAUUGCUCUCACUGUCUUUUUGACUGGCAUCUCAAUGGAGCCUCUGUGCAAAGGAGGUCUCAUUUCUGCCUCGCUUGACCUUUCCCUAAGCUGCAGUAGAUUUCCCAGGAGAAUAUCGGCAGCUGACAUCUCAUCAUCUCUCCAAGGCCGUCUCCUUGCCUGUCCACUGGGUCUCCAGCUGUGCAGUUGCUCUGCUGGGAUUCUGCCAUCCCUCCCAUCUUGCUUUCUCUAGCAGCUCGGUUCCUCGUGCAAAUGGCAGCUGUGAUGAGGGUGAGGGCUAGGGGAGACUACUUUAUAUAGGAUGCUGAUACUGUGAAAGCAGAUGAUGGUAUAUAGACAAAAAUAUUGAUAUCACUAUCUUUUGGAAUAAGCAAAAGGCUCUAUUUGAUUUUAAUGGUCCUUCUGUGCGUGUGGCGGGGUAGAACUGAACUCAGUUCUACGCCACUGGCACUACCCUUUCUGUUCUUGUAGCACACAGAAAGGAAACUUGGAGGCAAACAUGUCUAAUAUCUAUUUCCUCUGCCUUGAAGUGCAUUUGUUGAAUUUUGUUAAAUUUCAAUAAAAUUGUUUGUAUAUCCCAGA